GGACCGGAAGCUGGAGACGGCGCUGCGCUGCCCAGCCUGGUUUACGAAAGGACUAGACUGCAUUGUUGUUAUAUGUUCGGCAAGUUGAGCCAGAAGUGCAGAAAAUGUAUCCCUUUGGAUUUUCUGGACCCCUCCAGUCAUAUCCAGCUUUCUGGAUACUUGGCCAGAACAGUGCGAGAAAAUGGCUCUGGCCCGGUUGGGAAGAAAGUUUGGCUUGCAAAGCGGCUCCUAAGAACUGGCGGCUCCGGAAAGAUCAGAUCCGAUUAAAGAAAAAGUGGGAAAUGGCAGAGCCUUCUCUUUGGAAGGGACGUUGAUUGGGAAUCCCUAUACUUCUCGGGCAGAAGUCAGAGAUACUGCGCCAAAGGAACCUUGGCAUUCUUAAAUCACUAUAGUUACCAAGAUGAGCUUGUUGCAAGAUGGUGUUUGGUGGGAGAAUGUAAACAUAAGGGUUAAAGGGAGAAUGUAAACAUAAGGGUUAAAGUCAAAGAAAUGCCGUGUGAGUCUUCACAGCUUUCAAAGAAAACUUUCAUGUCAGAUUGAUAUUAAACAGCCUCCCCAGGAAUGCAACCUAGGUUUAAGGAGCUUCAAGUCAAUGUUGAUUCUCAGUCUUCGCAGUUUGCAGUGGUUUGAUCUUGCCCUCUUCCUAGAGCUGAGAGUGACUGUCCCAAGGUUGCCCAGCUUGGCUUUAUGCCCAAGGCAUAACUCACGGUCUCCUUUUCUAGCCUAGUGUAAGAGGAAGGGCCUCUUAAAUAAAUACCACGGGGUGGCAUUCAAUCCUUGCUUCUAACACUAUUUCUUUUAACGUGGUCUUUUCUUGUAACGUGUUUUGGCUAACAGUGUAAUUGAGAUUUUAUACAAAGGUUUUCAGAUCAGCCACACAGUUCAUUUACGGUUCGCUUUAGAGAACGAGAACCUGCAGUUUUGCCCAUUCUACGUAAACACUCCUUCUGAUUUAUUUCUGCUUCCACUCUGCUCUUGUUCCCUGGGGGCUUGCAGCUUAACCUGAAGUUGCAGUUUUCCGGUUUGAAAGGAAAAUCUCUUUGGUUUCCACCUAUUGCCGGAGUAUGAGCGGAAACGCCUGUUCUUUUCAGCGGAAGUUGCGGGUUUGCAGUCUGCUGGACCAGUGCCUGGAGAUCUUGGGAUGAGUCUUCAGAAUGGGGAUUUGCCAGGGCAGUAUUCCAAAAUCCACCAAACCCUUGAAGCAUGAACUAAAAGAAAAGUUGAAAGACUCUAUCAUCAUCUUUAUGAUAGGAGGUCCUGGCUCUGGUAAAGAUGUGCAGAGUAUCCGGCUAGCUAGCAAAUACGACUUCUCCCAUGUGGCUAUUGGAGAACUGCUGCGGGAAGAAGCCAGCAGGAGUACUAGUAAGGGCAAAGCCAUUAGGGAGAUCCUGAUGAAAGGGGCUCUGGUGCCCUCGGGCUACGUCUUAGAACUGCUGACUGACAGGAUGUUAAAAGCUGAAAAUUUCAAAGGAUUCUUUAUUGAAGGCUUUCCCCGAGAAAUCAAUCAAGCCAGGCUGUUUGAGGAAGUUGUGGGACGUUUGCCCAACAUUGUUAUAGUAUUCGACUGUUCUACAGAGACUAUGAUCCAGCGGCUGAUGAUCAGAAGCCAGCUGGGCCAAAGAAUGAAUGACCAUGAGAGAAUUAUCCGGCAACGGCUUGAGACUCACUAUACACUGUGUGACCCUGUCCUCACUUACUACCUGCAGAAAAGCAUACUCCGGAAUAUCCUUGGGGAGGAACCCCCAGAAAUAGUCUUUACCAAGUGCUGCAGUGUUGUUGAUGAUGUGAUAAAAGCAGCUACCUCUGUGGUAUAGCUAUUUAGUUCUACAGAAAAAUAAAAGAUUUUAAGCUCUGGUCUAUUAGCAUGCCUUCCUCAGACCCCUCCCCCCCCUUUUAAAAAAGAUCUUGAUUCAGAACUGCAUCAACCUCACCCAAUAAUCUAAUAAUCUGAAGCACAGAGAAUGGUCCUGUCUAUGACAAUGUAUUCAGAAAUCUAGAUUAAAUUAUAUCCUGCAAUCUCCAAGAAAAGCCAUGUUUGCAAAUGGUUUUCUGUGAGCAAAGUUAACUGCUGGCCAAAACAAGAAUGAAAGAUCACUUUCACAGUAAGCAAUCAUAGAAUAAAGGGGAAUUACUGUUGCAGCAUAUAAGCAAGCUGUGAUCUACAGAGUAGUCUUAGGUCAUUCUAUUAAUUGAGAUGCUCUUUCUGAAAUUCCUCAGUCAAGGAUACAUUCCCACUUGUUUAAUUUAUCUCUGGAAUUAAGUUUGUACUUUCAAAGAGUAUCAUAUCUCCAAAUCAUGUCUGAGGUAGCAAAAUUCUAAGGUAAGACAUUCUGGGAAUUACUAAGCCAUAAGGAUUUUCAGCUGGUGAUGGUACAUAUCAGGAACAUGGAUAUAAUUAUAAUUGGGCACUUUUCCAACACAACACUUUUGAACUCUAAUAUAUACUUUUCAUAGAUCUAAAUCACAAAUGAGUAUCAGCAGGAGGUAUGGUGACAUUUUAAAAACAACUGCAUAUUUACCCAUCACUUCCAUUAAGUUAUGACUACAGAUAGUCCUUGAUUAAUAACUAUUCAGUUAACAAUGGAUCAAAAUUAUGGGUCUCAGAAGUGAUUUAUGUCCUGUCCCUAAAAGUUACGACUGCCACACCACCCCGAAAGUCAACUGAUCGCAAGUCAGGCAAUUAGCAACUGGCUCACAUUUACCUGCUGCAACAUCCUACAGUCAUGUGAUUGCAAUAUGUGACUUUCCCAGACAUUUUCUGAUAGGUUUCCAACAAACAACCUCAACUGGGGAAAUCAGAUUUGCUUAAAGAUAGCAGUAAAAGUAAUUGUAAAAUCAAGUCUGGUCACAUUCACUUAAUGACUGUACCUCUUACUGACUGAAAUUCUGGACCCAAUUGUGGUUGUAAAUUGGGGACCAUCUGUAUUGCCCAUGUCAAUAGAUUUGUGAAUGCCUUGCAUCAUCCUUCAUACUUCCUUCCCUUUCAACUCAAAAUAAAAAGUAUCUUGUAGGCCUCAGUCCUUAGUUGUAUAUAUAGUCCUUGGUCUGUUUUUAAAAUCUCUCUGUAAUACCAGCUCAGACUCAAAGUAAUUUAUCCCAGCCUGUAACAACGGGUGGAGAUGGGAGGCAGCAAAGGGAGACCAAAUGCUGAAGAAAAUUAUUCUUUAGUGGAAAGAGUACCCUCAUGUAUAUUUCCAAAUAUCUUCUCAGAUCCUGCAAAGCAUUUUAGACCAAAUUAUCCAAAUAGAUUUAAUGAUGAAUAAUCUGCUAGGGGGUUCCAGCCAUUGGUGCAAGAAGCUGGAAAAUUCACUUUUAUGAUGUACCACUCCUAUAUGCUGAUACCUAAGAACGAAGCUGUUUCAAAACUCUACAUACGUUGAAUUUCAAGAUUAUCACAAGUCAAAUCACAGUUCAGUCUAUGGAACCUCAUGAAGAAAUAAGCCUGCCGCUGCUCACAUCAAAUAUCUGUUCCCACUGCCCUGGCAACAUUCAAACCUUCUGGGUCCUGUUUUUGGAAACAUACACAAUUUGCAUCAGAGACUUUAAAACAAAAAAGCAUUUUAUUCAACAAAAAUGCACAAAUGCCUGCUCAAACUAUAAAAACACAGGAAGCUCUUAAUUCAUGACCAUUAUCAGGCUUUUACAACAGCUAUAUCGUGAACAAA